CUUCCUCUUUCUAACAUAACACUAGAGCAAUAAGGAUAAUCCAUAAGCUUGCACUUCAUUUUCCUUUUCUUUGAGACCGCAACUGGAGGCCAUAAUCAUGCCAAACACCCUGGGCAAAAACCUCAAUCUCUGCUUCAAAAGUAUCAGAUUCCCAUUAGCCUCCCACCCUUCCUCUUCUCAGCCGCUAACCCCAGAUGAUAGCCGCCGUCUAUUAACCUCCUCCACCACAUCAUCAGCCGUCUUCAAAAACUACAACUCCCUCUAUGACAACACCUUCGACUACUCAACCUCCAAAUCCCUAACCCACUCUUCAUCUCUCUCCUUUGACCCAGACCCCGAACCCGACUUCGCCACCGUAUUCGCUUCUCAGCGCUUCUUUUUCACUUCUCCCGGUAGCUCCAACUCCAUCAUUGAAUCAACACCGUCGCCAUCGACGGCCACUACGCCUGAAUCAUCGGAUACUGCAGUAUUAGCCGGCAGUUCCAGUCCCAUCGAUAGCGCAAAUGAAUCCUCCAACGACGACAGUUGCUGCGAUCGACCGAGUCACGAACAUAUCCCCCAGACGACCGUCACAAACAGUGUCGCCGUCCCGACCGUCUCUCCCAACCCAUUCACGGAUUUCAGGAGAUCCAUGCAAGAAAUGGUGGAGGCGCGUGACUUAAUCGACGUCAAGGCUAACUGGGAAUACUUGCAUGAGCUUCUCUUGUGUUACCUUGCAUUGAAUCCCAAAAGCACACACAAGUUUAUUAUAGGAGCAUUUGCCGAUCUUCUUGUCAGCCUAAUGGCGGUCGAGGGAGGCGGCAGUGGCAACGACGGAAAUAUCGCUGAGAUUAGCGGCGGUAAGAUUAAUCCAUAGCAGUGCAUGUAAAAAAAUAUGCACCACCUAUUGGCUGCCGAUCAAAAUGUUACUCUAGUUAAUUAAUAUAUACAUGUGCAAGGAAACUCAAAAA